CUAGAGACUGCUGAGUUGUCGCCAGGUGGCGCUGGUGGUGACAAACCCAUUCAUUACAUAAACCUCCCGUGCUAUAUAAGCCUGGUCCAGGCUCCACAUCUAAGACCUUUUAGUCGCUACCCCGAACAUUGUAAAAGCUCGAACGCACCAUAGUGCCAAGGCCCUGAAGAUGCUCGUGGCGACUCUAACACUGGUGGCAUUGUCCGCUGUCUUCACCAACGUCUAUGGAUCAGACCAGUACACUAUACUGGAUGUCUACAAAGCUUCAAACGUGUCUGUCGAGGACUAUAAGGACCUGCUGAAGGACCUUGAUGUCGUGCACUCCUUUAAGGUUCUUGGAUCAUCGAGGGUUAUUUUUGUGGUCAAAAUGAGGGAGGACAGCUAUGAAAAACUCUCCAAAAUCAACCUGCCUGGAGACGUUUAUUCAAUACCUGCAGGAGACCUGAGCGACAAAAUGCAGAGUGUGGGAGUGGAAUGGAAAAGAUGGGACGACCUGCCUGAUGCCAACCUCACACUCUUCGAAAGAACCCUGGAGCUUAAAGGGGAACCUUUGGAGGGUCUCGCCUCACAUAUGAAAGCAUUCGGUGAGAAAGUUAGCCAUGUCAUGGAGUUGUACCCCAACAAAGGAUUCUACCUUCUGGGACGCACGCCCCCCAAGGCCUUCGUCAUCGUCUCCUUGCCGUUCAGAUGUCGCCAAGUACGUUAUGGAAGCGACUUUGCUCUCAACUAUUUGAACGGUCCAGGAGACAGCAGCACGAAAGUGGAAUUUGUCGCCAAAGCGUGAAGCAGUUGAUACGUGAAUGCUGACCCUGGUCUGGGCUCGACAUCGAAUGGAGAUUAUUGUUAAUAACAUCGGCGAUGCAGUUUCGACUCCCGACGAUGAGUGUAGAAGCCCAUACACUCAGCGUUUCUCUCUUCGUUGUUGUCGUUUCACUGUGUGCUCACUGAGGAAAAAUUAAUAUUGCAUCGAAUAGAACAGAGCAAGUAAAUGUUGAAACACGUU